AUGGAGAUGCCGUCCAUCGACGAGGACCGGCCGUCGGCGGCGGGGGCCGUCUUCAAGCGGCGGGCGCCCCGGAGCCGGCGCAAGAAGCGCCACAACAUGAAAAAGGACGUGAGCUGGCGGGACCUCAAGGGCCUCACCUUCGAGGAGAUCGAGUGCCUCGAGGCCGAGGAGGAGGCGCGCACCCGGGCGGCGGCGCAGCAGCUCGACUCCUUCGGCGAGGUCGGCGACGACGGCGCGGCCGCGACCCCUCGGUGCUGCGCGUGCCUCCGGGGCGACGCCGCGGCGCCCGCGGGCGCCGCCGCGGCGCCGAAGCCCGCCGGCGGCGACGUCGAGGCCGCCGCGUCGACGCCGAAGACGAAGAGCGACGCCGAGGCCUACCUCGACGAGUUCGAGGGCGGCGGCGGCGGCGAGCCCCGGGAGGAGACGUGGUCCGAGGACGACGACGACGACUACUCCUCCUCCGAGAGCGACGACGACGACGACGGCGACGACGACCACGACGCGUCGCGCCACACGGCCGGCGAGUGGUGGAGCGUCGCCAUCGGGGGCAUCGCGAACAAGCUCGGCGGCGUCGUCCAGUCCGUCAAGAAGGCGGCGAAGGACGCGGUCAAGGAGCGCGGCGAGCAGUGGAUCUCGACGCUGCUGGACAACUUCUUCAACCAGCAGCGGCGCAACAACACCUUCGACCCGCAGAUGCCCGAGUGGAUCCGCUGGCGCAUGCAGCUCGUCUGGGACAACAUCAUCCCCGACGUCAAGCUCGAGAUCAUGCACCUCCUCACGAACAUCGAGAGCCGCAUCGGCCUCGUCGCCGUGCGCCGGGGGUCGGCCCUCGCGGCCAAGCUCGACGAGGAGAUGGACCUCAUGCCCCACGGCUUCUGGGCGCGCAAGCGCGCGUUCCUCCUCUACAAGAUGUCGCCCUACGACCGGUCGUUCUGGACGCGCAUGCGCGACCCCUGGCACUGGAUCAUCACGGUCUUCAAGGCGCUGCCGGCGACGCAGGCCUUCUCCUUCACGCUCUACCUCUGCCUCAUCGACAAGAAGGACGACUUCCAGCUGAACGAGUUCAUCAUGCAGGCCAAGGGCUUCCAGUUCCUCACGUCCGGCUGCUUCACGAUGAUCAUGUACAGCCUGCGCCUCGCCGCGUGCACGGUGCUCGUGUCGCCGAACUCGGCGACGGAGUGCCAGACCAUCUACAAGGGCUCCAUCAACUCGGUCAUCGGCUUCUUCGGCGUCGAGGCGCCCUGGCUCAUCGACCUCGCGUCCUACGUGUGGACGAUCGCCGCGAACAUCUCGCUGUCGUGGAUCGCGCUCUCGCUGAUGGACAAGUCCGUGCCCAAGGGCGCGGAGCAGCGCCGCGAGAAGGACCUCAUCGGCCAGGUCGUCGCCUGGAAGGAGAAGGACGCGCCGCCGCCGCCGGCCGCCGCCGCGAGCCCCGACGCCGCGGCGGCGGCGCCGGACGACCCGCGGAAGGACCUGGGCCGCGUGCAGACGUCGAAGAACGUGCUCGGCGCCAUGUCGUCGGCGGCGACCAUGGUCACCGAGGCGGCGUCGACGGCCGUCGACAUCGCGACCAAGUCCGGCAAGCGGUGGGGCACGCACAAGGGCACGGUCGUCGCGUACGACGAGAAGGAGGACUUCCACACCAUCGAGGUCGAGGUCGGCGACGGCCUCACGGUGACGCGCGCCGUCAUGCUCCACAAGCUGCCGUAUAUCAUGCUCCGCCCCUUUGGCAAGAACCACCUCAAGAAUCUGCUCUACUGGGACGGCGCGUGCGCGAUCAUCUGCGCCGUGCUCAUCGUCGGCGCCUUCGUCUGCCUCCACGUGGGCUCGCCCCUCUCGCCGGGCGGCGGCGAGGGGUCCCUCGAGACCUGGCAGGUCAUGGCGGGCCUCUUCUGGUUCCGCUGCCUCUAUUCCAUCACGACGGUGCCCUUCCUCCUCGCGCGCAUCCCCGUCGUCGACAAGAUCCUCGGCCACCACCGCCCGACGGCCUACACGCGCUACGGCAAGUGCGUCCCCAAGCGCAAGCUCUGGCCCUGGUACCCCAUGCCCCCCGAGGAGCGCGCGCGCGCGUCGAGCGGCGCGGACUCCGCGGCCGCCGCGGCCGACGCGGCCGGGUCGCCCUCCAAGGGCCUCGCCUAG